GUUUGCAGAAGGCAGACACGAGCACUGAGUCCGACGUCUUUGUUAAAGCACUUUUUAAUUCGUGGGAAAUUAGCGAUAUAAUUAGCUAACAAAACUGGAGAGGCAUCGGCAACAUAUUUUUAGUACUCGAUCUUGAUAUUUUAAACGAACCACAAUCGGAGUGAACAGAUCCGAUCAAAUCCCUGAAAUCAACAAUGCAUAAACAACUGAGUGCGAGUCUUUCUUCGGAGGACGGCAGCUUCCCCUCUUCACCUGAAGCUGACGCUUCGACAAAGCGCUUAUCCUGGAGCAGACUGGUCCAGAAACUCGGCGAGUUUGGAGGCGUAAGCAGCAAUCACAGCUUAGACUUCGAUUCGGAUACCUGCAGCAGAGACGAUGUGUCGGAUACAGGUUCAUUAUCUCUGCCUGACUUAUCCAGUGUCGACAGUGAGAUGUUUUACGAUCCAACGGAGGAGAGCCUGUGUAAAGAAGUUGUGCAGCUGAUUGCCAGUAGUCUGACUGAGGCGAAAGAUUGCACCCUUCACUGCUCCAAACUCCUCAUUCCCGAGAAACUUCUGGAGCACAUAGGGCAGGAACUAGUACAUCUGGCUGCGAGUGAGCCAUGCGGCCUGCGGGGGGCGCUGAUUGAUCUUUGUGUGGAACAGGGGGGAACCUGGCAGAAUGCAGGGCAGAUAGCAGCGGACCCUUAUCUCGUCCCUACCUUUCAACUAACACUUGUACUGAGACUGGAAUCGGGAGGAUUUUGGCCUAAACUUCAGGGCCUAUUUACUACCAAGUCACCCUCUGCUCCAGGUGUAAGACACGCACUUAAACUUAGCACUGGCUUCAGGGUGAUCAAAAGGAAACUGUACAGCUCUGAAGAGCUUCUUAUAGAAGAAUGUUGAAAGUAAAAGAUGAAACUCUACUCCCUGGACCUUGAAUAGCUGUCUUGCACGCUGUGAACUAUACCUUUUUAGUUACAGAAGAGCUGUUCUCACCUGAGGACUGAAUGACAUUGUUGAUUACUUGAGGGAAAUUUACAUUUACAGUUUACCUGGAAAUGGAUCUCUGUAUGAUUUUUCAUGAGCUGUGUAUAAAAACAAUAUAGCCUAUACAAAUUGUUUACCAAUUAUACAUUCAUGUAUUGGACAGUUGCUGUUUUGGGGCAUUUUGGAUUACUGAGUUCAUAAAUUGCACUUCUUCCAGGCAGUUUUUUAACUUGACAGGUGCUAUUUUAUUUGACUGCUUUGAAAUACUUACCUCAGUUUCUAUGGAAACCAGAUAUGGCAGCUACUGUAAUUUUGUAAAUGUAAUUUGUGUGUGGAAAUCAUUUAAAAAAUUUUUUAGCGAGUGCCAUUUGUGAACAGAUCUGAAUUUUACUUUCAGGAAAUUGGACCCCUGCUUUUUUUUUUUUACUUCACUGUCAUGCAUAUUCUUCUGUGCAUCCUUAUUUGUUUGAUAUUCAAAUACUGCUAAAAUUUGUAUGUCCCAUUUCAGAACAUACAGAAAAAAUAAAAUUAUAUUUUGAAGAAAA